AUGACAUCCUUGACAGAACAACCCUUCGCCAUGUUUGCUCACCAGACCGACUCCUCGGACGAGUUCGUCCGGUAUCAGGACCACUCUGGCGCCCAUGCCGUCUUCACCACGGGCCCCAUGGACGUGAGCAUCCCCGCGGACGCCUUUAGCUUCCAGCAGACUAUGGGCUUUGUCGAACAACAGCCUCUGUACGCCGAGGCUCCCAAUUACAUGCUCAACAGCCGGGCUUCACCGGGCAUGUACACGGACGAGUCGGACAUGAGACUCUCUUCGUCUAGCCUUUCGACGGCCUCUGCUCCCUCGGCCGCAUCUUCGGCGAUUGGAUCGCCCCAGUCCAACCACGGCCAGAUGGGUGCUGUGCCCGAGUGGGCGCCCCAGGGCCUCGGAGGUCAACCAGCUAUUGUGGGCAGCGACUUCAUGGCCGGGGCCGACUUCGGUUCGUUUGCUGGGCCCGGCAUGGAGGAGCUCAACUUUGACUUCCCUGCGACUAAGGGCUUCGUCGAUCCUACUACUCUCAUUCAGCCUGAGAUUACCCGACCUCCCAUGGGAAUCCCUUCCUAUGAUACUCACUUCCAGCAGUCCAACCACACCUAUCCCACCUCUCCCUCUGUGUCUUCCUCGUCCCCACAGCCUCAUAUGAUGAGGACCAACAGCUCCUCGCCCUUCCUCCACAACGGUACCUUCCAAUCCGCCUUCCCCAGCAGCCCCUACGGUGCCCCCAUCGACAACCACGUCCGCGCCCCUAGCAUGAGCCAGUUUGUCCCCCCUACGCCUGGCGAGUACAGCGACAAUGAGUCCAAGGAGAAGCAGCGAUGCACCUGGCCCGACUGUGGCAAGACCUUUAAGGACCUCAAGGCGCACAUGCUCACACACCAGAACGAGCGCCCCGAGAAGUGCCCCAUCCAGACCUGCGAGUACCACACCAAGGGCUUUGCUCGCAAGUACGACAAGAACCGCCACACCCUCACUCACUACAAGGGCACCAUGGUCUGCGGCUUCUGCCCUGGAUCCGGAUCAGCCGCGGAGAAGUCGUUCAACCGUGCCGACGUCUUCAAGCGUCACCUGACUGCUGUCCACGGUGUUGAGCAGACUCCCCCCAACAGUCGCAAGAAGUCUUCGACUGGUGUCAAUGCUGCCAAGAAGCUCACCGGCUAUGCUCCCGAUGCCACCGGCAAGUGUAGCACUUGCUCUCAGACCUUCUCCAACGCCCAGGAUUUCUACGAACAUCUUGACGACUGUGUCCUGCGCAUUGUCCAGCAGGAGGAUCCUGCCGAGGCUAUCAAUGCUAAGCGCCUGGCUGAGGUUGAGAACGACAAGGAUGUUCACAUGACUCUGGAGAAGAACAACCUCCCCACUACUACGGAGGCCGCCAUGGCUCAGAAUGACGAUGAGGAGGCUGACACUGGUGAUGAGGACGAGGACUCGCCGCGAACCAACACAUCUCCCACCACCCGCAAGAAGGGUAACCCUCCCAAUGGUGUUCAGAAGUCUCGGGGCGUCACCCACUCUCGAGGUGGUGUUACCCUGACUACCAAGACUCGCAGCCGCAAGAACCGUCGCGAUUAUCCUUCUUCAUGGGGCUUCGACAAGGGCCAGAUGACCAUGAAGAAGCGAGUCAUGGCCGUCUUUGAUGGUCCCCGUCGUCUUGCCAAGGACGAUAUGAUGCUCUCCACCGACCACGAGGUGCGCAUCCCCUUGUCUGAUGGCAAGUCCUACGUCACGGAUCUCGAUGUCCAGACCCUCAAGCGAGCUGCCGGUUUCCACGGUGCCACGGAUGAGGAGAAGGGCCCCUGGAUCUCUGACGACCCUACUGCCGAGCAACUCCACGAGAUGCAGCAGAUGCUUGCCAGCAGCACCACGACCGUUUAA